CGGAUCCCGCGGAGCGUCGCAGGCACUCAGGAGAGUUAAGUCUCGGUUUUUCUGGAAAUUAUGCUAUGAGGUCUUCGGGCACUGCUCCACCACACCCGGCUUUCCGGGGUCUCCCGGGACUGUUGACAUUCAAGGAUGUGGCCAUCACGUUCUCUCAGGAGGAGUGGGAAUGCCUGGACCCUGCUCAGAGGGCCUUGUACAGGGACGUGAUGUUGGAGACCUACAGGAACCUGCUCUCCCUGGGUGAGGAUAUCUCCUCUCCGGAAGUUGGAAGCCUUUCUGCUGGAUUUGCAAUCAAGGAGUUAUCACCAAGAGAGGACAUUACUAAAGGAGAAUUAUACCAUCUAGUGAUACUGGACAGAAAUGACAACCAUGGCAUCAAGGAUUUUGACUUCAAGGAAGUCUGUGCAGAUGUGCAGGAGUGUGAGAGUGAGUGGGGAUGGGAUACAAGAAAUGACAAAGAAGUACUUUUGACCCAUAACAAAAAUCUCACUCAUGGAGAAGAUCACGAUAAUAAGUCCUUAAUUAAUUUUCCUCAGAGUGUUUCUGUAAGAAGUAAUGCACGUGAAUAUUUCACACACGACAAGCCAUUCAUACGAAGUUCGUUAACAACAAAAAAUAACGUCAGUGCUGCUAGAAACAGAGAUCUCAAGUGUUUGGAAAGUAGACCUGGAGUGAGGCUGCAGGCCCAGGCGGCUCAGCUGCAGAGAUGUGCAGCUGAGGAGAAAGUGUAUGUGUGCGGUCAAGGUGAGAAGCCAGUCAGCAGUGGUUCCUCAGUUUCACCACUUCACAGAGUUCUUCCUAGUGUGGAAAACACGUUGCCACCUGCGCAGCACAGGAGAACACACACUCGAGAAAAAUCUUACAGCUGUAAUGACUGUGGGAAGGCUUUUAGCAAAAGCUCAAACCUCAGGAAUCACAGGAGAAUUCAUUCUGGACAGAAACCUUACAGAUGUAAUGUGUGUGGCAAAGCCUUUAACCAGUGUUCUAAUCUCACUACACAUCAGAGAGUGCAUACAGGAGAGAAACCUUACAAAUGUCAUGUAUGUGGCAAGGUCUUUAGUCGAAAUUCACACCUUGCAAAUCAUCAGAGAAUGCACACUGGGGAGAAACCAUAUAAAUGUCAUGAGUGUGGUAAGGCCUUUAUCCAACAUUCACUCCUUUGGAGUCAUGAGAAAUUGCAUACUGGUGAGAAACCUUACAAUUGUAAUGAGUGUGGCAAAGCCUUUGCUGAGCGGUCAAGCCUUAACAAACAUCAGAAGAUUCAUACUGGAGAGAAACCUUACAAGUGUAUCGUGUGUGGCAGAGCCUUUACCAUGCGAUCAAAUCUUACUCAACACGAGACAAUCCAUACUGGAGAGAAACCUUACAAAUGUAAUGAGUGUGGCAGAGCUUUUACCCAAUUUUCACGCCUUACUAGGCAUCAGAAAAUGCAUGCUGGGGAGAAACCCCACAAAUGUAAUGUGUGCGGCAAGGCUUUUAUUGAACUUUCACAACUUUGGGGUCAUGAGAGAAUUCAUACUGGUGAGAAACCACACAAAUGUAACGUGUGUGGCAAGGGAUUUACCCAACGUUCAAGCCUUAUGGCACAUCAGAGAAUUCAUACAGGGGAAAAAUCUUAUAAAUGUAAAGACUGUGAUAAGGCUUUCAUCCAACGUUCACAACUUUGGGGUCAUGAGAGAACUCACACUGGAGAGAAACCUUACAAAUGUAAUGAGUGUGGCAAAGCUUUUACAAUGCGUUCAUAUCUUACUCAACAUAAAACAAUCCACACUGGAGAGAAACCUUACAAAUGUAGUCAGUGUGGCAAAGCUUAUACCCAGUUUGCAAGCCUUACUAGGCAUCAGAAAAUACACACUGAAAACAAACAUAAACCUAACAUAUGUGGCAAUGCUUUUAUUCAAAGCUCAGGCUUUGGGGAUCAUCAGACAAUUCACAGCAAAAAGAAACCUUAAAAGGUAAUGAUUGACACAUAACUUGUGCAAGUAUCCAAGCCUUACUCAGGCUGAGAGACUCCCAUCAUGGAAAAGGAAGACAUACAGAUGGCCAACAGGUGCGUGAAAAGAGGCACAUCCCUAAUCAUCAGGGAAAUUCAAAUCAAAACCACAGUGAGCUACCACCUCACAUCUCUCAGAAUGGCUGUCAUCAAAAAGACAACAAAUCACAAGUGUCGGUGAAAGUGAGGAGAAAAGGGAACCCUUGUGCACUGUUGGUAGGAUUGUAAAUUGGUGCAGCUACUAUGGAAAACUAUAUGGUGGGUCCUCAAAAAAUUAAAAAUAGAACUGCCGUAUGAUCCAGCCAUUGCUCCAGGGAAAACAAAAAUACUAAUUCAAAAAAAUAUAUGCACUUUGUUGUUUGUUGUAUCAUUAUUUAUAAUAGCCAAGUUAAGAAAGCCACCUAAAUGUCCACUGAUAGGUGAAUGGAUAAAGAAAAUGUGAUACAUAUAUACACAUACAUACACACACACACAUGAUGGAAUAUUAGCCAUGAAAAAAUGAAGUCUUAGCAUUUGUAACAACAUGAAUAGCUCUGCAGGGUAUUUUGCUAGGUGAAAUGUCAGAGAAUGGCAUAGCACAUGACUUCACUUAUAUGUGGAAUUUAGAAAACAAAAUACAAGGAAAAUAGACUCAUACAUAGAACAAAUAAAUGGUUGCCAGAAGGUAGGAGGGAGGGUUCGAGGUGUGUGUGAAACAGGAGAAGGGCUUUAAGAAGUACAAAUCUGCAGUUACAUAAUAAAGCACGGGGGUGUAAUAUACAGCAUAAGGAAUAUAGUCAGUAAUAAUAACUGUAUGGGGACAGAUGGCUACUAGACUUACCGAAGUGAUUAUUUUGUAAUGUAUGCAAUUAUUAAACGAUUAUGUAGUACACCUGAAACAAAAUAUUGUGUAUCAACUGUGUUUCAGUGAAGGGAAAAAAAGACUCCAUCAUGGAGAGAUACCGUGUAAAACCAAUGUGUAUGGCAAAGCCUGUAGCCAGGACUCAUACCUCACUUGAUAUCAGAUUAUACAUCUUUGAGGAAAAACUACACAAAUGACAGAAUAUAAAUGUAAAACUGUUUUCUAAAUUACUGUGCUUUUGGGGGUCACAGCUGCUUCUCUGGAUUUGUUGACAGGACUCAGGGCCUCUCGAUUAUUAUAGGAAGGGCCUACUCUACCAGCUGAUCACGAACGAGAGCAGGACAGGAUGUUGUGAGAACGAGGUUUUCAUGUGAGUAGAAUGAUGGGUUACUAGAGAUGGCAUACGUGGGAGGAAAAAUGGGGAGGGGGAACAAUGGUCUCCCUGUCUUUUGAAAGGGAAUGGCUGCUGUAUAUAUAAAAUAAUAAAAAUGAGACUUAUUUUUGGAAACUGAAGACUGAAGACACAGUAUUAUAGAGGACAGUAAUCAAAAGAACCAGAGUAGAGUGUGCUUGUGAAGGCUGCAGAUUUGGCCUCUGAAAUUGCAUUUUGACACCAUUUUAUUUAGAAUGUAUCAUACUCAUCCAAAUAAGUAACAUGGUGGGACUUCCCUGGAGGUCCAGUGGUUAAGACACUGCAGGGGGCAUGGGUUCGAUCCCUGGUCGGGGAGCUAAGAUCCCACAUUUAUCGGGGCGUGGCCAAAAAAUAGGAAAACAACAACAAAUAUGUAAAAUGUAAUCUUAUUUACAACCCUUAAUCAUGUUAACCCAAGCAUAUCCCACCGCAUUGGGGCACUUUAUAAUAAAUGGUCAGUAAUUACACAUCAUCAUGCUUUCUAAGUUGAAUGACAUCUGUAACAAUUUCUUUCUAUGUUAGAUUCAAACAACAGUUUUUGAAAUAUAUGUAUAUUCAUAAUUUGCAUGUGAGCUAUGAACUCCAUAGUGUAACCCAGAUUAUUUCUGUAACUAUAAUGAAAAUACCAUAGCAGUACAAUUUCGGACUCAAACCCCCUGAAACCUGCCUCCCCAUUUGUAAAUAUGCACCACGUGAUCAGAUUUCUACAUACCUUUUUUUGUGUGUGCCAAAACAAGACCCCUGGGUUGCACCUUUACGGGAGAUGAAGAUACAGUAAGCAUAUAAAAAAUAUUAGGAAAUAAAAUUUCAGAAAUAGGGAUAAAAAUAAUCUCUUUUUUGUGCUUGGAGUUGAUGAAAUAAAAUUUGUAUUUUAAGGAAAGACAAGAAAAAAUUAAACAUAAAAUUCUCUCUGUGUUUGUUUGGACCUCCUCCCUCCCUAAAGUGCAGUGUGCAUCUGCAUUA